CGUGCAGAAAUCAAUGAUAGGUUUGUUCCGAUGUGUUAGUUCAUUAGCUACAACAUAAACCCUGUUAGGCCGACAACAUAGUAGAAGCGAUUCGAAGCGAUUCGAUUCGUUGGCAAUAAGCGGAGCGCUUGCGUGAAAGCACCCUCUAUGAGCGUUCUAUGGGAAUCGCCCAAACCAGCCAUAGUGAAAGCGAUACGAAGAGGUGUAAAGCGUUCAGCAAAGCGACAGAGCUGUUCGUGUUGUGUUUUGACGCCUUCGAACGCAAGUGGACUGAUUCUAGUGAGGAAAAAUGGACACCGAAAUCGAUUCGGAAAAUCUGAUUGCUCUCGUUUUUACGAGAAAAGCGCUGUGGGACAAAACAUUGAAACAGUACCGGAACCGGUUGAUGGUCGAUAAGCUUUGGCGACAAGUUUCCUGUGAGCUGGGAGGAGAGGCAACAACGGAUGCAGUGAAGAAAAGAUGGAAAAAUCUCCGGACCUCGUUUGCGAAAGAGAUGAAGAAGAUUCCGGAAGGAAGAUCUGGUGACGCAGGACCAUCGAACUAUGGAACAUAUACAUCCUGGCCCUUUUUCGAGUCGAUGCUUUUCUUGAAGGAUCAAGUAAAACCACGCAAGUCCGGCAGCAACCUUUCGGCUGGUGGUGGUGGCAAUGAAAACGAUGUGGAUGAUGAGGACCUCCACGAAAGCGUAUCAGAAACCAUACCUGAAGAGCCAACCGAUAAUGCAGAUGCAUAUGAAGUCGCUCCUGCAGCUGAAAUAAUUCCUCAUCCGAACCCACAACCACGAAACAGAGCUGGUAAGCGAGGUGUUCAACAGCAGCUGAUUGACAUUGAAGCCCGGAAAUUGAGACUACUGGAAAAAAAGGCUAAUAAGUCUAGUGCUUGUGACGACGAUGAGGAUGAAGCAUUCUUCAAAAGCCUCCUGCCACAUGUGAAAAAGCUGAAGCCAAGAGAAAAACUGGAAUUUCGAAUGGAGAUGCAAAGUCUCGUACACAAGCUUGUCUACAAGGACAACAGAACCCAGGAUGAUCCGAAUGUGUACAACAUUCAAAGUUCUACGCCGUUGCAGAGCCAUGCACCAUUUGCUGAGUUUGAAAUGAACGCAUCACAGACAUCUUGUUCACAUCAAUUUACUCCACAAAUGCAACAACGCUUGAAUAAUAUGCUUUAUAGUUGUAGUACAUUGAUCCGGAAUUAUCUGGACAUCUGACUCGAAUAUGUUUGCCAUCAAUAGCGCCGAUGCAGUUUGGGAAAUUCCAUUUAGUCCAAUACUCAUUUGCCACCGAUCGAAACAUUUGCUCAGUUGGCACUGGCAUAUAAAUCGGCUGAAGA